UGCCUAGGCAAGGCCCACAUCUUUUGUCUCCUGUCCGUGGCCUAAAGCUGUCUUGGAGCAACACAGACUCAGAUCUAAGAGCUGACCAUGACACUGUACAAACGUCCUGGAUGUCUGAAUGCUGUGACUUGUGGGCUCCUGCUUCUCGUCCUGCAUGUGAGAGGCCAGGACUCAGCCAGCCCCAUCAGGAACACACACACAGGCCAGGUGAGAGGCAGCCUUGUCCAUGAGAAAGACACUGGCAUUGAUGUCCACACCUUCCUGGGAAUUCCUUUUGCCAAGCCUCCUGUAGGACCACUAUGCUUUGCACCUCCUGAGGCCCCUGAGCCACGGAGUGGUGUGAGAGAUGGGACCUCACAUCUGGACAUGUGUCUACAAAAUGACAAUAUGAUGGGUUCAGAGGAUAUGAAGAUGAUGAAAUUGAUCCUGUCCCCCAUCUCUAUGUCUGAGGACUGCCUGUAUCUCAACAUCUAUGCACCAACCCAUGCCCAUGAGUGUCCUAAUUUGCCUGUAAUGGUGUGGAUCCAUGGUGGUGCACUCACUGUAGGCAUGGCUUCCAUGUAUGAUGGCUCCAUGCUGGCAGCGACUGAGGAUAUAGUGGUGGUCACUAUCCAGUAUUGUCUGGGUGUCCUGGGAUUCUUCAGCACCGGAGACCAGUACGCCAGAGGCAACUGGGGAUACCUGGACCAAGUGGCUGCCCUACACUGGGUCCAACAAAACAUCGCCCACUUUGGAGGCAACCCCAACCGUGUCACUAUUUUUGGUGAGUGAGCAGGUGGCACAAGUGUGUCCUCACAUGUUGUAUCCCCCAUGUCACAGGGGCUCUUCCAUGGUGCUGUCAUGGAGAGUGGAGUAGCUGUGCUUCCUGAUCUUAUCUCCCGCUCCUCUGAGGUGGAUUACAGAAUAGUGGCCAAUCUAUCUGGUUGUGCAGAUGUGGACUCAGAGCCCCUGAUGCGGUGCCUAAGAGGCAAGAGUGAAGCAGAGAUUCUGCUUCUUAAUAAGGUUGGCAGAAUGGUCUGUGGUGAUGGAGAGUUCCUACCCAAGCAUCCUCAGGAGCUGCUGGCCUCUGCUAAUUUUCACCGUGUCCCCAGCAUCAUUGGCAUCAACAAUGAUGAGUAUGGUUGGAUUGUCCCUACGAUCAUUGACUCAGCUCAGAAAAUAGAGGAAAUAACCAGAAAGACCCUGCCAACUGUUCUAAAGAGCACAGCCCUAAAAAUGAUGCUGCCUCCUGAGUGUGGUGACCUGCUAAUGGAAGAGUACAUGGGGGACACUGAGGACCCGAAGACUCUCCAAGCACAGUUCAGAGAGAUGAUGGGAGACUUCAUGUUCAUGAUCCCUGCACUCCAAGUAGCACAUUUUCAGCGUUCCCAUGCUCCUGUCUACUUCUAUGAGUUCCAACAUCGGUCCAGCUCCUUCAAGGAUGUCAAGCCAUCCCAUGUGAAGGCUGACCAUGGUGAUGAAGUUUUCCUUGUCUUUGGCUACCUAUUUGGUGACAUAAAAUUUCCACACACUGAGGAGGAGGAGCUACUUAGCAGAAAGAUAAUGAAGUACUGGGCCAACUUUGCAUGGCAUGGGAACCCCAACAGUGAGGGUCUACCCCACUGGCCUGUGAUGGACCAUGAUGAUCAAUACCUGCAGCUGGACAUCCAGCCUUCUGUGGGUCGAGCCCUGAAGGCCAGAAGGCUGAAGUUCUGGACCAAGACUCUGCCCCAGAAGAUCCAGGAACUAAAGGGGGCUCAGGAGAAGCACAAAGAGUUGUAGUGCCCUGUGUGAAGAAAGGCAUGUGGGCUUCAUGUCUGAGGGAUUCUGCAGACACUGUGAAGCCCACACUUGUGUAAACAGCUAUGUGAAGAUCUUCAACUAUGUGUGUGUCCUAGAGAUGAUAUGGGAGAGAAAAAGAAUUCCUGGGCAUGUGUAGCAGAAGAGAUUUCUGUCCCUGGCACCCUGAUGGCUACUCCAUGUAUGGAAAUGACUUCUUGUCAUUCAUAAAAUCCUAAUAAAACCAACCUUUUCACGAUA